AUAAAAAUCUCUCUCCCUCUCUCUCUCUGUUGGAGAGAAUUGAGCGCAACCCUAAGCUUAGAACUCAAAUCUCAACUAUGGCGGACCAUUCUUCCAAGCGCGAUACUGAUUCAGGGUUCGAUCAUGGCUCAUCCCAACCGCGUCUUUACAAUCCCUACAAGGAUCUCCAGGUUCCUUAUCGAAAUUUCCAGCUUCCAACCUCCCCGGAGUUUCUUUUCGAUGAAGAAGCUCGCCGCCAGCGUCGAUCUUGGGGCGAGAAUCUCACCUUCUACACGGGUUGCGGUUACCUCGCUGGUGCAGUCGCCGGCGCGUCUACGGGCUUCGUCUCCGGCGUCAAGUCUUUUGAAUCAGGGGAUACGAUGAAACUACGGAUCAAUCGGAUUCUGAACUCGUCUGGUCAUUUAGGGCGUCUUUGGGGGAAUCGUCUCGGCGUGAUUGGGCUGCUAUAUGCUGGUUUGGAGAGCGGGUUUGAAGCUGUGAGGGAUACGGACGAUGUGUGGAACUGUGUUGCUGCGGGACUUGGCACCGGUGCGCUUUAUCGCGCAGCAAGAGGGGUGAGAUCGGCGGCAGUGGCCGGCGCUAUUGGCGGCGUCGUGGUUGGUAUGGCGGUGACGGGUAAGCAGAUGUUGAAGCGGUACGUGCCGAUAUGAUGGGGGAAAAGGAAUUUUAUAUUGCAAUUUUGAUCGAUGAACUUCGUGUUAGAAUGCCAUAGUUUUAUAUGGGAAUCUGUGAUGACAAUGCUGGGGAUUGAAUUGACUAAUAUUCACUUGAUAUUUUCUAUACGAGGUUAACUCGUGCUUCUUCAUUAGCUUCAUUUAGUGAUGUAAUUCGUCGAGUUCUCUGAUAAUGAAUAAUCCUCAAGACUUUAAACUUGUGGUAUGGGAAUGAUUCAUUAUUUCCAUGUCGUUUGAUAAUUUGGAUGUAAGUAAUGAAAUUAUUUGAGGUUUGAUCGGUUUCAAUUAGUAGUAACUUAUUGUUUUGCUGCUUAACCAAUACAUAAUUUUCUAGUUUGAGUACAGAAGAGAGAUCCAUGUUUGAUGCUUUCAUGGCUGGAGGGAGUUCAAAAGUUCUGUGAUUCCGUGCUCGAUGCUUGUCAAUCAUGGUAAAGUUUGUAGAAAAUUAGAAUGACCCUUUUGAGCCUAGGAUAUUGGAUAGUCUUAUUCAUGGUUUGAAGAAUGAAUUCAACUUUUAUUUCUUGUCUGUUCAUGCUCUAUUGAUGUUGGUGUAUGAGACUAUCUGGGGUCAUAAUUUUACCUUGCUGAUCAUCCUUGAUUUAAGAAUUCCAAUUCUGCCGUAGAAAUUUUUUUACCUUCAUGUUCUUAGAAAUUGUUUGAUCAUUGUCGUUGAAGUGGGCGAUAGGUGUUCUUACGAUGAGAUAUUAAAAGGGAAUUUGGUUCCCUUUGGAGAAGUUAGGCUUAAUGUUGAUUUUCUAUAUGGGAGAGAAAAAACGAGGAAGGUUGAUUUGAAGCAUGUUAAUUAUAAAUGUGUAACAGCCCAAGUCCACUGCGGCUUGUUACGUAUUGCCGUUAGCAUCAUAGUUUUAAAAUGUGUCUACUAGGGAGAGGUUUUUACACUCUUAUAAGGAAUGCUUUGUUCCCUUCUUCAACCGAUGUGGUAUCUCACAAAAUGAAAUUGUAUCUAUUCAGGGCUUGUUCGGAAUAACUUUCUUAGUGCUUGAAAUGAAGUUGGUCAGUUGCAAAUGAGUUGUUAUCUUUACUGUGUCUUGCUAUCUUGAUAAAUGGCCGUUCCGAAAUGAUACUGUACGAUGAUUGAACUGGGAAAAUUGAAAGAUAGGAUAGAUAUGCUCUAAAUUUCUCUAUGCACUACCCUUGAUUGUUAUUUGAGAGAAGGUUGUUACUUGGGACGAUGGAACAAAUCUGGGAACGUCGAUCUACAUCGGUUCUAGAUCCUCAACGUCCUUUGAAUGCUUUCAGCCAUCGGAGCGCCACAUGCUAAAGCAGCAGCUGCAUUGCUUUUGUAGUUUCGCAUCUCUAUAAUUUCAUCAUGUUGAACUGCUUUCAUUUUAGCAACCUUCUAACCAUAACUAUUAGAGCUUCAGUUACAGGCAUUAAAACAACUUACAGGUCCUCCCAUAUUUUUGGCACAUUCUUUGGCUUUUGCAUCAUCUGCUUGGCUUCAUCAACCUGCAAAAUUUAUCAGAGUAAGCUAGAACAUUCUUCUCCAAGGCAGUAUCUAAUGCAAGACCGGUCGAUAAGCUAAGAGUUGUAGGAAGGCAACUCAGUCCAUUUGAAUUUUGUUUCACCUACGCCCUCCCGUGCACAUGCCUUAGGUGGGGCCGAUCCCGCAAUUAAGAUAGUUGCGCCAGAGGUCGCGCAGUAGCUUCCCGAGGAGCCUCUUGCGGAUCAUUAGGUUUGCUCGAUUGGGCUCAACCUCAGUCUUGAGUGAAGCUAUGUUUCAACCUGAUGAUAGGUAAUGACUUCUCUCUUCAUAAAUCUCCAAUAAAAUCAAUCUUAAAUGCAUUUCCUUUCCAUUGAUUCUUCUGCUCUUCAAAUCAAUCUUAGAAGACUGCAGCAUUUACAAGAUCGUUUAAAGAAAAUAAUGGUGAUAUUUUUGUA